UUCUGAUCAUAACCAAAAUGAUCAGUUCAUACCCUAGAACCACCGGCACCGUCUCCAUCACCACCGUAGACUGCCAGAAACAAGUCCGGUCGUGGAGGCUCCUCCGCUCUCUCGUGGAGCUACUCAUCCCUACGUGCAACUGCACAUUCGUAGAAAAUGAUGAAGAAAACUACAAUAUUAAUCCCUCCAACUAUAACUACCAUCGUCGCCAACCAUCAUCAUCAUCAUCAUCAUUAUCAUCUUGCUCCGUUAUGACGGGGACAAUCUUCGGCUAUCGCCGGGGAAAAGUUAGUUUUUGUAUUCAAACAAGCCCCAAAUCAGCUACCCCGGCCCUCCUCCUUGAACUUGCUGUGUCCACCUCCACUCUCGCUAGGGAAAUGCAUGAAGGGAGUGUGAGAAUUGCUUUGGAGAGUGGCAGUAAUGGUGGAGUUCAAUCACCUUUGAGGAUGUAUUGUAAUGGAAAAAAAGUAGGAUUUGCUGUGAAAAGAAAACCUACAAAAGCUGAUUUACAAGUAUUGCGACAAAUUGAAUCAGUUAAUGUUGGAGCAGGAAUUAUUCAUAGGAAAGAAAUAAAACGUGAUGAUGAUAUUAUGUAUCUUAGAGGAAAAUUUGAGAGGGUCCAUGGAUCUUAUGAUGACUCUGAAUCAUUUCAUUUGAUUGAUCCUGAAGGAAGCAUGGGUCAAGAAUUAAGCAUUUUCUUUCUACCCUCUCGCUCCUGACGUGUUUGGGAUUGAGACAGUUGACAGUUCUCGAUGAUUACAUAUAUGUAUAAGGAGAGGGCGAUCACUUUCAUUCAAGCACUAAAAUUGAGACGUCUCAGAUUCGAGCUCUACCUUUUAGUCGGACCAAUAAAUUUCAGAUAUCAGAUGGUUAAACAAGAAAAAAAAGUAUGAGUAUUUAAAAGUUUUUCAUGCUUGGGAUAUUGAGCUAUGCAGGUGUUACUAGUCAUUUGUAUUUUUUCUUUUUUGGAUUUUAUGUCAUUUUUAUGAAUUUCUCUUGAGUAGCCAUGCAAAUCCCUAAUUUUUUUAGUUAUGCAUAAUUGCAUGACUUUUUUUUCCCUGUGGGGAUGUUUGUAUUGGGUGUUUGUCAGCAACAUGAGAUGAAAUUUGUAAGAAAAAAUAAAUAAAAGGGAGGACUUCUUUAUUUUUUUAUUUUUUAUUCUCGUUGCUUAAUUUCAUUGUAAUUAAUUAAUUUAUUGUCUGAUUAUUUGGUUCUCCAGAUAAAUUUGCAUUUUCUAUGCACUGUACACAAACUUCCCAGAAUUUAAAAUAAUUGUGUUUUAUUUUUGUUUGCAUGUUAUUAAUUUACUAACGGAAAUUUCCAAGCUUAGUCAAGCAAAUUACCAACGGAAUUAUAUGUC